AGAUGCAUCAUCCGAUCUCAAAAGUUCCGCGUCAUGAGAUGUGUGCGGGACGCGCCCGGGCAGUGGUUGUUAAUUGUCCACCCUUCAUCUCGUUGUCCACCAUACUGAAACGACGCUCCCCGCACAGGCCGAGGCGCGAUUCCACCAACCAGGCCUCGACUGCAGCUCCACCAUGGUUUCGCAGCCUGGGGUGUAGGCAUGCCACUCCUCGCUUGGCUUGUUUCGAUAGCUUCCAUGGCAGAACCUCGACGCGGCCCGAAACGAAACGUCCAUCCGUCUUGACUGCAUGGAAAGUACGUGCAGCAAGUGCCUUAAUCUCGACGGACAAUUGUCCUAUUGCCGGCGCUAUAUGAAGCUUGGUAUGGGGUAGGUACCUAGGUAUAUAGGUCUUGCCUGGCGUCUUCAAUCUGUCUAUACACUCGCUUCAUCUACCACUCACUAUCUUCAUUUCUUCAAGAUGCUUGCAUCACUCGCUUUUGUUCUUUCGCUCGCUGCUGCGGCUGUGGCUGCGCCUGCUUCGCUCGUUCCCCGUGCUGGUCGCCCGACUGCUCCCGCUGGCUGUCUCGCCGUGGGUGGAUCUGGGAAGUACAAGACUGUACAAUCUGCUGUUGACGCCCUCAGCGCUUCCAGCACGGCAGCGCAAUGCGUCUUCAUUGCCAAAGGCACCUACAAGGAGCAAGUCUUCGUCAAGGCGCUCAAGUCUGCUCUUACCAUUUAUGGAGAGACAGCCGAUACGAGCAGCUUCUCCGCAAACACUGUGACCAUCACUCAGGGGAAGAGCCAGUCUGACUCCCCUAACAAUGACGCGACUGCUACGCUACGCGCCUGGACCACAAAUCUGAAGGUGUACAACAUCAACCUUGUCAACACCCGUGGCCAGGGCUCGCAGGCGCUUGCUCUCAGCGCCAAUGCUGGCAAGCAGGGCUACUACGGCUGCCAGUUCAAAGGCUACCAAGACACCAUCCUCGCGCAAGACGGCGUACAAGUCUACGCCAAGUCUUACAUUGAGGGCGCCACGGACUUCAUCUUUGGCCAGAAGGCCAAGGCCUGGUUCGAAAACGUCAACAUCGGCGUGCUGGCUGCUUCACAGGGAUACAUCACUGCCAGCGGUCGCGAAUCGGCUUCCAACCCAUCUUACUACGUCAUCAACAACUCUCGGAUUGCAGCAGCCAGCGGAAACAGCGUAAAGGCUGGUGUGUAUUACCUCGGUCGCCCAUGGCAGAAGUUCGCCCGUGUUGUAUUCCAGAACACCAGCAUGACCAAUGUCAUCAACGCUGCCGGAUGGAGGAUCUGGAACACCGGUGACGAGAGGACGAGCAACGUUGAGUUCGGCGAGUAUGCCAACUCGGGUGAUGGAUCAAAGGGUACUAGGGCCAAGUUCGCAAAGAAGUUGUCGGCUGCUGUUAGCAUUUCGACUGUUCUGGGCAGCGACUACAAGAGCUGGGUCGACACAAGCUAUCUUUCUUAGGCCUUUCACCGGUCUGAAGAUCAUCGUAUCUUCUUUUUUGUAUAUACUUGAACCGGAAAUAAGACUGGGUCUCUGACAAAUAUCAUAUCUCUGUCGCUCCC